AUCGGUCUUGCCUGUGGUGUGGGAAAGUGAUGAAUGGGGGCUGUUCUGCCGGGGGAGGAGGGCUGCUGUCACUCUGGCAUGCCUACAGCCUUAUUUAUUACACACCAAACUAUAAAACCACUCCGCCACUGCAGCUCUCAGCUCCAGUCCUGGCAUCCACCCGAGGAGACCACGCUCCUGCAGGGAGCCUCGCUGUCUUCUCACGGAGGCUCUGAGGCUCUGUUGAGAAUCAUGCUUUGGAGGCGGCUCGUCUAUUGGCAACUUCUGGCUUUGUUUUUCCUCCCUUUUUGCCUGUGUCAAGAUGAAUACAUGGAGGUGAGCGGAAGAGCUAAUAAAGUGGUGGCGAGAAUAGUGCAAAGCCACCAGCAGACUGGCCGUAGCGGCUCCAGGAGGGAGAAAGUGAGAGAGCGGAGCCAUCCUAAAACUGGGACUGUGGAUAAUAACACUUCUACAGACCUAAAAUCCCUGAGACCAGAUGAGCUACCGCACCCCGAGGUAGAUGACCUAGCCCAGAUCACCCCAUUCUGGGGCCAGUCUCCACAAACCGGAGGAAUGGCCCCAGAUUGCAGUAAGUGUUGUCAUGGAGACUACAGCUUUCGAGGCUACCAAGGCCCCCCUGGGCCACCGGGCCCUCCUGGCAUUCCAGGAAACCAUGGAAACAAUGGUAACAACGGAGCCACUGGUCAUGAAGGAGCCAAAGGCGAGAAGGGCGACAAAGGUGACCUGGGGCCUCGAGGGGAGCGGGGGCAGCAUGGCCCCAAAGGAGAGAAGGGAUACCCGGGGAUUCCACCGGAACUUCAGAUUGCGUUCAUGGCUUCUCUGGCAACUCACUUCAGCAAUCAGAACAGUGGGAUUAUCUUCAGCAGUGUUGAGACCAACAUUGGAAACUUCUUUGAUGUCAUGACUGGUAGAUUUGGGGCCCCAGUAUCAGGUGUGUAUUUCUUCACCUUCAGCAUGAUGAAGCAUGAGGAUGUUGAGGAAGUAUAUGUGUACCUUAUGCACAACGGCAAUACAGUCUUCAGCAUGUACAGCUAUGAAACAAAGGGCAAAUCAGAUACAUCCAGCAACCAUGCUGUGCUGAAGCUGGCCAAAGGGGAUGAAGUUUGGCUGCGAAUGGGCAAUGGCGCUCUCCAUGGGGACCACCAACGAUUCUCCACCUUUGCAGGAUUCCUGCUGUUUGAAACGAAGUAAAUACAUGACUAGAAUAGCCUCACUUUGGGGAAGACUUGUAACUGAGCUGAUAUUGUUAUGGUCUGAGGAACAUUAAAGUUGAAGGUUUUACAGGCUGUAUUCAAAAAAUUCUUGGUUACUAUGCUAUUCAUGCUACAGGUAUACACCAAUCACGUUGGACAACUCAGGGGCUCAGAAGAAUCAACCACAAAAUAGUCUUCUCAGAUGACCUUGACUAAUAUACUCAGCAUCUUUAUCACUCUCUCCUGGGCACCUAAAGGAGAAUUCUCCUCUGACACAGGUUGGAAAUAAUUUUUCCUAUCAGAGAAAUCAUUUGCAAAGAAUUUUGGCUGCUCUGCUUUUAAUUUAAUAUCAGUUUUCAGGAACUCCUGAAGUCUUGAGUUCAUCAUUCUUUAUAACACUUGAGAGAAUAGGAUGCAGUGAUAUUGCUGGGGCAAGAACAGGGGUGCACUUGCCAGCACCUAGGUUCCGGAAACAUCCGUAAAGCCUAGACUGGGAAAUAACACUUUCACCCAGUGGGUCAAUAUUCAUGAAUAAAAUGGAGUUUGAAAAAAAAUAAUUCCAGAUAGCUUUUAGAUAGCAAAAGUAUUUAC